AUUGUGGAAAAAAUAUAAAAGAAAAAAAAAGUAAUCAGUCAAUCUAUCCAAAAAAAUUUGUGUCAAUUUUUAUAAACAAGAAUAGUAAUCAAAAGCAACGAAAAAUGAAAGCAUCUUUCAUAUUGACGCUACUUAUGUACAUAUAUCAAAACACGCGAAGUAAUUUGAGUCAGUGAUUUGAUAUGACUAGAGGUGAAAUGGCGCUUGUCAAUGUCGAUCGCAAGCUAAAACAUUUGUUUGAUGGAAACGACUGGAAUGUUUAUGACGAAAAGAUCCUUAAUUUGGGCGUAGGUGCUCCUGGUCCAGAUUUAUUGCAGAACUGCUGUGAUAUUUUUGAAGCAGCUACAAAGCAUAGACUAAAAUAUGAAAAACAAAGCAAUUAUCUUCUUUUCCAAUACGGGCCCACUAGUGGUUCGUUUGAAAUACGAAAUGCUAUCGCAGAAUACUUCAGUUCACUAUAUGUUGAUGAUCGCGUAAAAAGUGAGGAUCUUAUUAUAACAACUGGUGCAUCGCAAGGACUACAUUUUGUCUUAUCAACUCUGCUUGAUUUAAAUGGUGUAAUUUUUGUUGACGAAGUUACUUAUAUGAUCGCAUUGGAUACUAUGAAACAAUUCACAACUCUUACCAUCGUACCGAUAAAACUUAAUGACGAUGGAGUAGAUGUAAAGGAACUUGAAAAAAUAGUACAGGAAAAACAGUUUCAAUCAAAAUCUAAAACCUUCUGGGCAAUGUACUAUACCAUUCCAACUUAUCAUAAUCCAACUGGUAUACUUUUUUCUGAAGCUGUUUGCCAAGAGCUUGCGAAUUUAGCUAGGCAAUAUGACUUCUUAAUACUAUGUGACGAUGUUUAUAAUAUCCUAAAUUACACAAAUUCGAAGCCAGCGAAGCGCUUAUUUGCCUACGAUAAUGGCACAGGAAAUAUAAUUUCAAAUGGAAGUUUCGCCAAGCUAAUUGGACCAGGUGUUCGGGUAGGUUGGUUGGAGGUACCUGCCCGAUUAAAACCAAUUUUAGAGAAUUCUGGUAUCUUGAAUAGUGGCGGCUGCUUCAAUAUUUAUACAUCAGGCAUAUUAGCCAGUCUUUUUGAACUAAAACUGGCACAAGAACAUAUUGCCAUUGUGAAUCGUGCUUAUAAAGAACGCAUGUUGGCAGCUUGUGAAAUACUUGAAAAAAAUUUGCCUGUCAGUUGCAAAUGGAUUAAACCGUCGGGAGGAUAUUUCAUUUGGAUUUCUCUACCAACAAAUACAGAUGCUGGGAAACUUUUACAAACAUGUUUGCAAGUAGAGAAAAUAUUUUUUAUUAUCGGUUCUCGUUUUGCUUACGAACCUAUGGUGGCAAAUAAUUGUUUACGUUUAUCUAUUUCAUUUCACAACAAGGAUAAAUUAGUUGACGGUGUCACACGCUUCUGUGCAGUGCUGAAACGUUAUCUGGAAGAACCCAAAAAAUGAGAAAACAAAAUUUUUUUUUUCACACUUUGUACAUACAGUAUUGGACAAAACUUAAGCACCCCCUACUAUGGUUCAGCUCGAACUUAGCUCUUUUCAGACAAUAAACAUAAAUACUAGAUGUAAAAUUUUGACGUUUUUCAAUGGAUUGCUUAUUAGUUUUUAUUAGAAUAAAGCUUCUCGGUUUCAGUUUUCAAAAUUAAAUAAGUUAUAACAACAAAAACAUUUAAGGUAUAAAAAUUAACUGGACAAAACUAAAGCACCCCUUUCAUCGGUUUGAAAAUAAUAUCUGAAAAUUAAAAAAGAGUAGCAAAUCCUUAUUUUUGGGUAACUGAAACGCAUAUUUUGGGCAUAGAAGAAAUUAAAUUAUUUACUGUAAAUCAUGUGGUAUGCCGUUUUUGCAAGCAAUUUUUUGUGGUUCUAAAGGUUGAUCCUUGGUUUUACAAUUUUCCCUAUUUUUUUUAGAAUUAACGAUCUCCCACAAGUUCUCGAUGGAUUUGACAUCGAGUGAUUACGCCUGCAAAUCUAAGACAUCAACUCUGUAACUUUUCAAGCAAGUUGUUCAAUGCCUAGAGUUAUGUUUAGGAUCAUUGUCCUUUUGGAACCAUCAUUAUAGUGGCAUAUCCUUUUCAGCAUCCCGUUUUUUAAAAUGUCGGUGUAAACAAACCGGUCUCUUAUUCCAUUUUUUAUAUGAAUAGGUCCAGUCCCGCGACCAGAGAAAGAGCUCCAGACCAUAACAUUACCAUCGUCGUAUUUAAUGGUCGCAAUAUAAUACUUAGGUUUGAGUCCUUGUCCUAUCGGCCUUCUCAGACAUCUUAUGUCAAUCGAUUUUUUAAUAUUAUAUUUCGAUACGUCUUGAGAAUAAAAUGGUAUUCAAUUUCUGAAUGCUCCAAUCGAGAUGAGCAGUCGCAAAUAUAACUUUGUCCUCUCAAUUUUUUGCUGAAGUAAUGAACUAAUUAGUAAACAAAAGUGUUUCUGUAUUUAAUUGGAAAAGACUGUGGGAUAAAUUUGGGUAACCUUUUUGAUCAAUGAAUCGUAUCUUUAUGUAAUUUUUUGCUGUCUUCCUCAGCUGUGCCGAUAAAGUACAUUGCCAGUUUGCUGAAAUUUAUUUAUUAAUCGGGGGCACCAUUGAACUAUUCACCGAACAUUUUUAACUAAUUUUGUGUUGCAAUAAACUUUUUUGACAAUCACUUAUUAUUUUAUUUGUAAAGUCGGCUGAAUAGGUAUUUUCCGCAAAUUUUGAUUCUUAAACUCUAAAUCGCAACUGAGCAGUGACGACGGCAAAAAUUUCUCUACAAAAUAUCUCAAUAAUAUUUGUAACGGUUUAUGGCUAACGUCUUCAACGAAUAACGUACUUUUAAAGUAGCGUGGUACUAUUUUUCCUAACAAAUAUUAGGGGGGCUUUUGUUUUGUCCACUCAGAUUUAUACUUUAGAAAAGUUUUUUGUUUAAAAUUUUGUAUUUCGAAAGAUUAUAUAACUAAUGUUAUAUUUUUUAUGAAUUAAUAUGUGUAGGCACAAUUCCGAUUUCUUUGGCGCCGCGAUUGAAUGUACCGUUAGAUAUAUUAGGUACCGCAAACGGUUAGUUUACGAGAUAUUCGACCUUAAAUUUCAAAAAUUCCCAAAAUUCGAACAUUUCAAGAAGCAUUUCACCACAUUAAACAUACUUCCUCACAUUUUUCACUUCAAAUUAAUUAAAGUCAACUAUAAACUUUUAACUAAAUUCACAUUUUGCACU